AUGGAUCGGCUGCGGCGGCUCGUUGUGUUCCUGGGCAAGGAGAGGGAUGCAGGAAGGAAGAGAGAUAUAAUUAGCGGAAACAAGCGGAAACAGGCGCAGCCACCUGGAGAAAAGCUGUCAAGCCAUGGGAUCGGUCCGGGUGUUUUCGGAUGCCAAAGCCACGAGGGAGGCGGGAACGGGGGAUUUGUCAGAAAGCCUACGAUGGCGUGGUUUCAUCGAGUGAUUCGAUUUACCACCGAUAUGGGGUCUAACGGCCGCGGGGUGGCAGGAACCCCAGCCCUCAGGGGUGGUGCUAUUAUUCUUCCUCUCUCCGUCCCAGCUGGCAUCGGAUCUAACACAGGGCGGGGCAAGCUAGAGGAAGAGGAAUGCUCAAUGUUUGGUUCUGGAGCUGGGCUGCUCGGCGGUGCAGAAGGCAAGCAGAUUAAUUAUUGCUGGCUGGCAACUCGUUCGUUAAACCUUGGAACCUUCUAA